UGAAAAGUCGCAACGUUGUAUUCCCAACGAGAACAUGACGACCGACGAAGUUGACCCGCCUCUGGACGAGCGCACCACACAGAGGAUUCCGGUGCUGAAUGUCCGAGCAGGGCCACGAGAUGGAGGCGAAUGGAUCAAACGAUUGAAGGAAGAGUACACGGCGCUGAUCCACUUCGUCAAGAUGAACAAGGAGGCCGAUGGCGACUGGUUCACCAUUGCGUCCGACUCCACGGGCACUCGGUACGCCCGCGCACGUCAAUCGCUAUGUCGUACCUCGAUGGGAAGUGUCACAUGUUGCAGGUGGACAGGGACUUGUUGGACAUUUCACGACGGGUUGCGGUAUGAAUUUGGCUUGACAUUUGACAUUCCUGCUACGUACCCUGUGACCCAUCCUGAAAUCUGUGUGCCCGACUUGGACGGCAAGACGGCCAAAAUGUACAGGUAUACAUACUAGUCCAUAUCACAUUGCAAUUUAAUAUGAUAUAUAUGGCGGCCUUGUGAUGUGUGUAGAGGUGGUAAAAUCUGCCUCACAGGGCACUUUGCCCCGUUGUGGCAACGCAAUGUGCCUCGUUUUGGAAUUGCCCAUGCAAUGGCAUUAGGGCUCGCGCCGUGGUUGGCUGCCGAAGUUCCGGAUCUUAUUGAGCGCGGCAUGAUCACUCCUGUCUAGAGAACAACUAUGUGCAGGGCUGCUACUGUAACCCCAUUCUAACGUUAGUAGUAGUACUAGCAUAUUCAACUAGUAGUAUAAUAUAGUACGUGUGUACUACAGUAGUAGCACUCCAAGUAUGGCAGUGCGCUCUGAAUAUAAUAUGCAAACAAAAGUGAACAUGGGA